CAGCUGUAUCCAUCAACCAUCACAUCCCUCACCGAUACGCCGCGACUCGAUCAGACAAGCUCCCACCUCCGGAUACGCUUGUCUCUAGAGCCGCCAUCAUGGCGCCCCACAAGGAUACCAUGUUUCGCUCGGCGGACAUGUCCUUGACGCAGCUCUACAUCGCUAACGAGAUAGGGCGCGAAGUCGUUUCCGGCCUCGGAGAGCUUGGUGUCAUGGACUUCAGAGAUCUCAACUCCGAGACGACCGCCUUCCAACGUACCUUCACGCAAGAGAUCCGUAGACUGGACAAUGUCGAGCGGCAGCUUCGAUACUUCCGCUCGCAGAUGGACAAGGCCAGCAUUUCGAUGCGUUCCAUUUACGAUUUCAACAACCAGUUUGCCUCGCCUUCCGCUUCCGAGAUUGACGAGCUCUCCGAUAAAUGCCAGAGCUUGGAGAAUCGAAUCUCGUCUCUUAAUGAGAGCUACGAGACGCUGAAGAAGCGAGAGGUCGAGCUCACGGAGUGGAGGUGGGUGCUCAGGGAGGCGGGUGGCUUCUUCGACAGGGCCCGCGGUCAAACCGAGGAGAUCCGCCACUCCCUCGAUAACGAUGAUGCGCCUCUCCUCCAAGACGUCGAACACCACGGCCAAGGCGAGGCCUCAGCGGACCGAUCUUUCUCUGUCAUGAAUAUUGGAUUUGUGGCUGGUGUCAUCCCUCGCGAGCGCAUUGCAGCCUUUGAAAGGAUCCUAUGGAGAACGCUUCGUGGCAACCUAUACAUGAACCAGUCCGAGAUUCCGGAACCCAUCAUUAACCCAGAGACGAACGAGGAGAUCAACAAAAAUGUGUUCAUCAUUUUCGCGCACGGCAAAGAAAUUAUUGCAAAAAUUCGGAAGAUCUCCGAGUCCAUGGGCGCCGACCUCUAUAGCGUGGACGAGAAUAGCGAGCUCCGUCGCGAUCAAAUCCGAGAGGUCAAUAGCCGGCUGAGCGACCUAGCCAGCGUCCUCCGGAACACGAAAUCAACGCUGGAUGCGGAGCUGACGGCCAUUAGCCGCAACCUGGCCGCGUGGAUGGUCAUCAUCAAGAAAGAGAAGGGGACCUAUGAAACGCUGAACAAGUUCUCGUACGACCAUCAGCGAAAGACGCUGAUUGCUGAGGCUUGGGCGCCGACGAACUCACUUGGGUUGAUCAAGUCCACCCUUUCAGACGUCAACGAUCGGGCUGGGCUGUCCGUGCCUACUAUCGUGAACCAGAUCAAGACUACGAAGACGCCACCGACUUACUUCAAGACCAACCGCUUUACCCUCGCUUUCCAGACCAUCAUCGACGCCUACGGCACGAUCAAGUACCGUGAAAUCAAUCCCGCACUCCCCGCCAUUGUCACUUUCCCUUUCAUGUUCGCGGUCAUGUUCGGUGAUGCCGGCCACGGUACCAUCCUCCUCCUCGCUGCGCUGGCCAUGAUCUAUUACGAACGCCCGCUUCAGCGGGCUAAACUGGACGAACUGUUCUCCAUGAUAUUCUACGGCCGGUACAUUGUCUUUAUGAUGGGUAUAUUCUCUAUCUAUACCGGCUUGCUCUACUGCGAUGCUUUCUCGCUAUCGCUUCCAUGGUUCAAAUCCAUGUGGGCGUGGGACAACGAUGGCCAUGGCCCUACUGCCUCCCGCGUCGAGGGCCACACAUACCCCUUUGGGCUGGAUUACAUGUGGCACGACACGGACAACGACCUGCUCUUCAGCAACAGUUACAAGAUGAAGCUCAGUAUCCUCCUGGGUUGGACCCACAUGACUUUCUCCCUCAUGUGGUCGCUCGUCAACGCGCGUUACUUCAAGACUCCGAUCGACAUCUGGGGUAACUUCCUCCCAGGGCUGAUCUUCUUCCAGUCCAUCUUCGGAUACCUGGCGUUCUGCAUCGUCUACAAGUGGUGUGUUGACUGGGCGGCUCGAGGACAGAACCCGCCUAGUUUGUUGAACAUGCUGAUCUACAUGUUCCUCCAACCUGGUACGCUUGAGGAUCCUAAAGCUCCUUUGUACAAGGGACAAGCUACAGUGCAGAUCAUUCUACUGCUCAUGGCUGUCGUUUGUGUGCCCAUUCUGCUUUUCCUGAAGCCUUUCUACCUCCGAUGGGAACACAACAAGGCGCGCGCCCUGGGCUACCGUGGUAUUGGAGAGAGCACUCGGGUCAGCGCCCUGGACGAUGACGAAGACGAGGAGGGCCGCACGCUCAAUGGCGGACGGGAGAGCUUUGGGGACGAUGAGGACGGCAUUGCUAUGAUCACGCAAGACAUUGGGCAUGGCGAAGAGCACGAGGAAUUCGACUUCGGCGAGAUCAUGAUUCAUCAGGUUAUCCACACCAUCGAAUUCUGUCUCAACUGCGUAUCGCAUACGGCAUCCUACCUCCGUCUCUGGGCCUUGUCGCUCGCUCAUCAGCGCCUGUCGAUCGUGUUGUGGGACAUGACGAUGAAGAACGCGUUCGGCGUGACGGGGAUUGCGGGAUCGAUCAUGAUGGUAGUGGUCUUCUACGGCUGGUUCGUCUUGACAGUUUUUGUACUCUGUGUCAUGGAGGGCACCAGCGCCAUGUUGCACUCGCUGCGUCUCCACUGGGUCGAAGCGAUGAGCAAGCACUUCAUAGGCGACGGUGUGCCUUUCGAGCCAUUCAGUUUUGAGAAGAUACUCGAGGAGGAUCCGGUAGAAUAGCUGGGCGUUUGCUUUCCCUUUCCUUGAGUAAUGUACCGUGUAGUAUAACAACCGGAGUGCGCGGGUCGUCGCCACAUGCGCUACGGUGGCGACGUUGGCUGGCCCGUGGUGUGUAUAUAGAAUGUACACGACUUUGUAUGUACCGU